CCUUGCGAAGCCAUCAUGUAAAGAGACAAGCAAAGAGAAACGGAGAUAACAAUACAGAUAAGAAGAGUGUGUAGGUGAAUGGACACAUCAAAAUUUUCCAGUUUUUCUCCAAGGGUCCAAGGGAAAUUCUGGCACCGCUUGCUGCUCAGGUAGAAACAACAAAAAACGAAUAUCAGUCGAGAAAAUGCUUCGCUCGCGUUUAGAAGUCAUUGUGGGUUUGCUUAUGAUCCUGGGAUCAAAUAUGGUCCGUUCGAAUCUUGGGAAUCCUCAGGAUCUGCAGCUAAGUGCGCUGCGCACCCACAAACAUCUAUUGCAGGCGGAGAUCGCACGUCUUUUUUUAGAGCAACCACUUCGAGCGGAAACUCAACUUCUGCUGGACGACCUACAGCUAAGAGAUCAUCAAAUAGGCGUUCAGAUAGAAAAGCUCGAGGAAAUAUCGAAGGGCGAGACCACGCAGAGGCUGGCCAUCAAUCUAACGGCUGACUUUGAACACCUGCAGCAUAAACUAGAUGAUUUAAAACGUCAACUUGAGCUGCUCGACGGACGCUUUGCCUCCCAAGGGAAGCAACUGGAAGGACACUCAUCGGAAGGCGCAACGCCGGCUGGCCCCGGAUUAGGUUCCUUUUUGUGGGGACCUUUGCUGACCAUGCCGGAGUUUCCACAGGGCAGUGUGGCCAGUGACCAGCAACAUAACCACCACCAGCAGGAUCAUUCCCCGGAUCCGCAGCAGGAAUCCAGUCCCUCCAUCAUCAAAAGAGUGCUGGACAUGCUUAGGCCAUCCAUAGGAGUAGCAGGUCUGCGAAGUCGUUGGACUGAAUCCGCAAAAUCACCUGCAACGGGCUUGGCAACACCUAAGCCCGCUCAUCCACUUAGUGCUGAGGAGCUCCUACCGCAGCUGAAGGAGCAGCGCAGGUUUCUGGACGAUGCUAUUACGCGACUGGAGCUCUUGGCCGUCAAGAAGGGCUCGAACAAAAACUAAAAUAUAUGGAAUAUCUAAGGAAAUUAAACACUUAAAUACAUCUAUCCAGAAGUUACGCUAUCUGAUUAAACAGAGGAUCAAUAUUUAUUUACUUAAACUGCCAGAGGUCAUCAUUCAUAACCAGCUUCGUUGAUUCACUGUCAUAAAUUCAGAAAAAUGAUAGUAUACCAAAUAAGUCAAGUUUGAUUUGUGAUCAUUUAUAGUAGUUUCCGAAAACAAUUGGGCUAAAAUUAAAUUGAUAACAGUUUAUUUCGAACAGUCACCUUAAUGAAAAGUCUAAAGCAAUAAAUACUAUCUAUCUUUUAAACCAUGAUAUGUAAUUGUAAAAUUGUGUGUGUCAGGGCACUUAUUUUGAACAACACCGAGGAUAGGGGAUAGUUGCCAUCGAUGAUUACCUGACCACAACAAAGCGGAUCCUAGCGACAAGUCCGAAUCGAUUGACUCAUCCGACCUACUGCAAUGUCACGUCAACUCAGCAUACCUAAGAACCUCAAGUUGCUACGUCAUCAAGAAAAGCCAGGCGGUGAGGGAAACAUCCAUAGAGCGUAACCGUAACACCUGUAAACGUGUGUUCUAGUCGAUUCCGUUCUGAUAUGGCGAUAAUGUCUACACGCCCCAAUCUCAAGUGACUGGCUUUAUGAUGUAUGGUAAUAUGGUAUCGCUGAUAUGCCCAUGAUAGAGCUGCGAUGAUACGGCUUUUUGCGGACGGAGGCGUGCUGCUCGGAAAUCAAACAUUCCCUUCGAAGCACCAAACAUGAAGAACAGCAAGUCAUGAAUUACCCAGCGAAACAGAUGUAGGGACAACUUUUCCGUCGAGUCGGUAAACUUCGACCCCGCACUGUACAUUUGCCAACCUCUUUCAGUUCUCUCAUCUAAUUAGCAAUGAUUCGCCAUGUUAAUAACACAGCUGCGUUUCCCACACACACUCGGACUCGUACACACGAGAGCAAACCAAACCGGUUGGCCUUGUCCAACUAAAGUGAGUCAAAAGCCAGGCCGAAUAAUAAUAAUAAUAACAAUUGCACGAGAACAAGUUUCACCGAAAUAUAUAACUCACUAAAUCGGGUAUCACAGUAAAGGACGGGGUGGCCGCAGCUAAGAGAACGUUUUGUCUGAUUUUAAGAGCUUGCCAACGCUUAAUCGCCGGCAGUUGGCGAACGAAUGAACUGGAGACCGCCGCUGGAGCAGCCAAUUUAAGCGAACUGGGGCCUCUGUGGAGAGCCCAAGAGAACGAAUGCAUGACAUGGCAAUAGGCAAUAGGCAGGCACACGGCACAGUCGAAAUUCCGAUGGCGGUGACUAACAGCAGUUAUAUAUGUAUAUGUAAGACUCAGAACAGGGAAUUUCAGAGGGUCGCAACCAUACACAGGAGCUCCUGUAACUCCUUUCAAGAUGGCUGAGUCAUCAGCCGCAGAUGGAUGUGCCGAGCUCGCAAACGUGUCUGAGAUGCUGUUUUUGCUGCACACACAACACACGUCGUUGUUUAUUUGCGAGUUGCUUUUAGUCGCCAAUCAUCACUCACCACUCUCUACAACAACACUAACCAAAAGAAAAACAAAACAACUGGAAUAUCGCGUGGAAGGGAAGAAGAGAGCCUGGGAGCGUGCAACAGGUCGGGGGACCGCGUCUGUGCCGAGAUAAGCGAAGUGGAGUCGAGUGGACCAGGAACGCUGCGAGAGAGCCGGGAGAGCAAGAGCCAAUCCAAUGCGAGGCACGUCUGGCGCGCGUGAACUGCGGACCGCGUAUGGCGCGCAACUUCGUCGCUGGAUUCGACUGGAACUGGAAGCUUCGUGCCUCCCCAACACACACGCACUUCUGGGCUCUGUGUGUGUCCGUGGACACAGGAACGGUCAAGAUACUAGAGCCAUCCCUACUGUGCAAUCGCAACACUCUAAACAUUGUUUAAUACACCUCUCAUGUUUACUUUAGUUUAAGUAUGACUUGGACCACCUCAGAGAUAAUGCGAUUAAAGAUUAAACAAGCGCCAAGACCACCUA